AAGAGAAAGAGAAAGAUAGGCUUAGCAUUAUAAAGAUGACUAUCGCUGCAGCUGCUCAACCUCUUUCCGCGGAGAGCAGAACUCUCAUCGUGGGUGCUACCGGUUUCAUCGGCCGGUUUGUUGCGGAAGCUUGUUUGGAAACCGGCCGACCUACCUAUGUACUGGUCCGGUCCGCUAAGACAACCCCCUCUAAGUCCCAAACCAUUAAAGCCCUCCAAGACAAAGGUGCCAUCAUCCAACAGGGUUCGAUCAAGGACAAAGAAUUCAUGGAGAAGCUACUGAAGGAGCACAAGAUAGAGGUGGUGAUAUCAGCCGUAGGUGGAGGUAGCAUAUUAGAUCAGCUCAGCCUCAUCGACGCCAUCAAAGCCGUCGGCACUGUUAAGAGGUUUCUUCCCUCGGAAUUUGGGCAUGACAUAGACAGGGCAGAUCCAGUGGAGCCAGGGCUGAGCAUGUAUAAAGAGAAGCGCAUGGUCCGAAGGGCGAUCGAGGAAGGACUAGUUCCUUACACCUAUAUCUGCUGCAACUCCGUCGCUGCUUGGCCGUACCACGACAAUACUCACCCCUCCGAGGUGCUUCCGCCGUUGGAUCGAUUCCAAAUCUAUGGUGAUGGUAGCGUCAAAGCAUACUUCGUGGCUGGUACGGACAUCGGGAAGUUCACGAUGCAAGCGGUGGACGACGACAGAACCCUAAACAGAUCGGUGCAUUUCCGACCGGCCUGCAACUUCCUCAACGUCAACGAACUCGCUUCUUUGUGGGAGAAGAAGCUCGGCCGCACUCUCCCUCGAGAGACCGUCACUGAAGACAACCUCCUCGCCGCCGCCGCAGAGAAUAUCAUCCCGCGCAGCGUGGUGGCGGCACUCACCCACGACAUAUUCAUAAAGGGAUGUCAGAUCAAUUUCUCUAUUGAUGGAAUCAAGGACCUCGAUACCAGUUCUCUCUACCCCGACAUCCCUUUCCGCUCCAUGGCCGACUGCUUCGAUGAUUUCGCCGCUCGCGCUGCCCAACGAUCUCAGCAGCCACAGAAGUCCCCUUGCCAGUGCCAGAAUUCACUCUUGGACGGCAACACAAUUGAGGGUAUAGGAGACUACGCUGUCAAGCACUCAAUUGAGGGUAUGGUAGACUACGCUGCCAAGCACUCAAUCUUAUUCAAUUACCAGGCGAUAGAGUCUUGAG